UUCAAUCAUGCCGCUCCGUCGAGAAAAGAUGUAAGUACACAGAAAAUCGAAACAAUAGUGUAACAACUUUGCCAAACCAUUUUAGUCAAAAGUAAUAUAUUUUACUCAAAACACUACUUUCGUUUUGUUUUUAACUUGGUAACCACUCAAGUUAAUCUCCGAAGUAAUCCGAUCAAGUCCGAGUGUGUAUCGACUUUAAUUCGAAUUUCCGAACCGUUAACGGAAGGUUUCAAAACAGUUUUCUUUAGCAGGCAUCGAGUUUUUAUCAAAACUUUAGUGUAUCUUGCGUUUAGUCUUAGAUCUGAAAAGAUGUCUUCAAAGAAAGGAAAAUGGAAGGAUUCAGCUCAACAGGCAAGGCGGCUGUCACAGACUUCGUCUUCAAAUUUAACAAGAAAAGGAAGCUUGAUCGAAGAAGAAACUUCUGCAAAAGAACUUGAAGAAUAUUUAGAGACAUUAAAAAAAAAAUCUGGAAUCAGAUCUCUUUGGAGAGGAAACAGUUUCGAUAGAGUGGUCCGCGAUGAUGAAGACAAAACUCCAGACAUCUCGAUCUCCAGUAUGGAAGACGAGGAAUUGGGUAAGUUCUUUCGAAUCAAGCCGACUAUUUUUCUGGUGACCUCAAGUUUAUUAGCAGGACGAUAGCUCGCCGGGUCACAUCACGUCGUAUCACAGUACUUAAAGCACUGCCUUUCAAUGUCAUAGAUUACUUCUGAAGCAUCUAUAUUCGAAGUUGUCGCUAAUGCUUAAAAUGAUCAGGGAAAAGAAACAAGGAAUUUCAACAGUUUUGAUUGCUACAUUGCAACUUUUCUCUGUGUUGCUUGGCAACAUGUAAUGACGCCAUGUUGCAGUGUAUCUGUUAGUAAUAGAUCACAGAUGACGUGAAAAUGAGGUACACAAGGCAGAGCCAAGUGUAUUACUGCAGCUGCAAGUGUGUUCAACUGCUGUUCUUACUACAUUUUGAAGUUUUUGUUUUUCUGUUGAGUGAGAGAAAAUAAAUUUCUUUUGUCAGUUUUGUAGCACACAUACAAGACCAACUUAUGUAUUAUAAUCGUAUUUGUAGAUGAAAGACUUCCAUCAGAAAAGGCAGAUGAUGAUGACGAUGAUGAUGAUUUUAAAGUUAAUGUUCAGAUGUUCUCACAAUCUCCGUCACCAACAAAUCCAGACACAUCUGAUGGCUCCAUAAACCCUAUGAAAGGAUUACAAAUGGCAGAAUUUGCCUUCAGUGAUGAUGGGCAAUCACAAAAACUACAAGCAAACAACAAACUGGAAGACAAGAUAAAAAGUUUAAGUGUCUCUGGCAAAGACAUACGAUCUGUUGUUAAUGAUCUUUCUGAACCAGCUGAAGUUUUGACUGAAGAUGAAGUUGAAGAAGAAAUAGAGGAAGAUGUGGUUGAUGUUGUCGAUAGAAAAAAUGAUAAAAUCACAGACAGGCAAGAAAGUUCUCUUCCUAGAACUUUGAGCGAUGUUGAAAAUCAAACGACAAGAAAAAGAGAAAAGACGAGGACAAAAUCGCAAAAUUCAUAUACAAGUGAUUUUUCAUCUCUAAGUGAGAUAGAGACACACAAUGAGCGUUCACAUUCACGAACUCAAAAUGAUUCAAAGGGCUCAAGGUCAUCAAGAAGGUCAAGGUCAUUUCAAAGUUCAAGGUCAUCAGAAAAAUCAAGGUCAUCACACAGUUCCAGGUCCUCGCAAAGUGCAAGGUCAUCAAGGAGUUCAAGGUCAACAAAACACUCAAGGUCAAGUGACAAUUCAAGGUCAAAACAAAGUAUUUCAGAAUACAGCAAGAGCAAGGUAAAGUAUGAAACAGACAAGUAAUCAUUGGUCACCAAAAUGAAGCUGGAAUAGCACUCUGAUUUUCUUGUAACUUUGAAAUUUUGUCAGGUUAAUAUUUUUAUUUUUAUAGUUGUUCUCAUCAUGAUUUUCUUGAUCUUAGGGAAAGGACAGCCGCAACAGAUACAGGUGUGAUGUGGGAGUUCAAACAUUACCUCUAAAAGAACAGUUUACUGUACCACCAGGUAUAUAUAACAAUAACUUUAAAGUGCUCUGUCUUGGUUUGGGAAUCUUGAAAAUUUCAGUGUAAGUUCUCCAUGUCGGCCACUUAUGAUCAGUUUUAAUUUUCUUCGUCCAAAGCCAUACUUAAUUCCUCUUAGUUUAGUAUUCCUUCCUUUUUUUUCAUUUGUCAUGAGUGUGAGUGGAUUGACUGACUGCUAUUGAUCAAUUGAUGUUCUCGGUAACUAACUGGAUGAAGUUAGCGACUGAUGACUGACUGACUGAAGACUGUCUGAAUGAUUCAUUAGUGACUGUUUGAAUUUUCAACUGAGACUGACUGAGUUGAUGACUGACUGACAGACAAGCCAACUGAGCGACUAUGGGGGUGAGAGACUAGCUAAUGGUCUGAUUGACUAACUGACUAACUGGUUGACUGACUGAUGACCAUCCAAAUGAUUCUCUAGUGACUGAAUAUUUUACUGAUGACAUGCUGAAUUAGUGAUCGACCAACUGACUGACUGACUGACUUUGUGGGUGAGUGACCAACUGAGACUGACUGAGUUGAUGACUGACUGACAGACAAGCCAACUGAGCGACUAUGGGGGUGAGAGACUAGCUAAUGGUCUGAUUGACUGACUGACUGACUGGAUGACUGUCUAAAUUACUUACAGACGUACAUGUAAUAAAUGACUUACUAACUGACUGACAGGCUGAUUAACUGAGUGGCUGAUGGAGCGAGUGACUCCCUAACUGUUGGACUGACAAACUGACUGCUUAUUGGCUGAAUGGCAUUAAUCAACUGCUCAUUUUCAUCAGCUCUUGGUGUUGGCAUGGCAACAAGUGGCCCACGGCUUGGAAUGCAAUAUGUGGACCCCACACCUAUAGCAACUCAUACAGUAUCACCAGAAGCCAUGGAAGGUAUGAAUCAGAUCAGGUUGUUUUCACUGAUCUUUGUUCUAACAGAAAACAGCCAAAAAAAAUUAUUUAACCUUUAACCCCUGAGAGUGAUUAGCAUCUAAUUUCUCCCAUCAGCAUCACCGCUGACACAAACAUUGAGGUCAUGAGAAGAAAGGAAAUGAUCACUAACUGAAGAAGCUCUCGAUUUUUAACCAAAUUCUCCUUAUCAGUACAUGGGAAAUUUGUAGAGAACAGUAUGGAGAAUAUGCAUACUGAUGUUGGGCUGUAAAGGCUUUAAAAAAAAAAAAGAGCCUAACAGUGAAUUUAGGCUUACUUAUUUAAAUAGAAUCAAAACUAACCCUAACUGAGCCACUUCUAAAAUUCUUUGCCAUGGUUUUUUAUCAAGAACCUAUUUUAGUAACCUGGCAGAGGGUACAGGUGGGGGUGAUAGGAGUAGGUUGGGGGGUUAGUCUCACCAUUCCAGUGGCCACUGGCUGACUAAUCAAGUGACUUACUGAUUCACUAGUGAGCGACGGUUGGUUGACUCUCAAACCAAUGGACCGACAGACUGACUGAUUAUCAGCCCCCCCCUCACUUCUUACUAAGGCCCCCCCCCUCUCCUCCCACCUCAGAGGCCUAACAAGCCUUUUUUCAGGAAUGAGUAUUUCACCCUCCUCCUUGAAUGGAGUGGUCGUCUCUUUCUUGUAAGCCUCAACAUUUUAUCAAGUUUCUGCAACCGUUCAACAGUACCCAUUUAUACUCCUGGAUGGAGGAAGGUGCUUUGAGAGACACUUGUCUUUACCUAAGAACACAACAAAAUGACUCGAUCAAAUCCAAGCUCAGUUAUCUGGAUUCUGGACCCCACCACCUGAAUCCGCACGCCACCUUUUACCAAUAAGUACAUGUAAUUGUAAUAAGAUAUACCUAUAGCAUUUACUCUACAUUUACUCUAAUCAUCUACAGUUGUAUUUCUCUCGUCUCUUUCAGCCAUGACUGCUUAUAACCCGGCCAUUGUGGCGUUAAAUAACAUGCUGCGAGAGCAAAUCCGUCUGGUGGAGCAGUUUGUGGAGAUAAAUCAGAGAAUGUACGAGUCUUAUUCUACGGGGGUCAAUAGCAACUACCGAUACACCACGCUCGAGGACACGCAACAGGUUAGAUGGAUACGCGAGCUCAUCGAUGCACUUUUGCGCGCGUUACGACUUUAACACUCGCGCGCUUACGCACGCAACUCGUUUUUCAUUAAAAUCACGGAAGGACUGCCCUGGAGAUCACGCAGAAGAUGAGCCUAACUCAAUCGCUCAUGCAUUCUUAAGAGUGUUACGGCGUGAACACUCGCGUAUAUCAUGCCCCAAAGCACAAAUCUCGCAACAUGCUAAAAACACCCACCUACGUGCGCAUCGCGCUACACGCUGAGGCAAAUACAUGCGCUACCUAAGAUAUAUGUCACAUAUUCCAAAUUUUUCUCUCCACAGUUUAUAAGAAAGAACCGACCGAAAGUUGUGUCCUACGAAGAGGCAUUGAAACAAGUAAAAGAAGAAGAGAGAUAUUGACAAUACUCCUCUAAAAAACAAAACUAAUGGCAAUUUAAUUACCUUUCCCACCUUCCUAUUCGAGAGAGUGAGCCCUCAUCCCCCUCCCCCAGGGAGGAAAGCCCGUGUUUCAUUUUAUUCCAUCUUUCUUUCCUUCGCAUCGUGAUUGGCUCAGAAAUACUCGUGCCAACACUGGCAACCAAUCAGAUUCAAAGUUAACACCAAUUGCAACAUGGUUACACGCGUUUCUUCGCGCUUGAGACAUUUUGUCUGUCUUAACUUUGAGUUUUUAUUGUCUCCUCUUAACAUUUUCCUUUCGUUUGAUCAGUCGUUGUGAUCACUUUGGUUUUUAUUUGCGACAUUCAAUCGAAAGAUGCUCACAAUAAUUCCUCGAAAUAUGUAGACUAGAUUUUCAAGGGGCGUGAAACCCCAAGCAUCUUCAUCUCGACGAUGCUUUCUUAUGGUGCAAGGCACCCUGUGACACGACUGUACA